CAAGUAUAAAAGAAGACCAUCUUCUCCUUUCUAGCAGAGAGACUAUUUACAGUUACAGAACUGCUUUGGUUGAUACAGAAUACUUUAGAUAAACUAAAAGACAGGGGAAAUAGGCAAGCAUUAGAAAAAAAAAAAAAAAAAAAAAAAAAAACAAUGGCAGACUAUCAGGAAACAGAAUGACAAGGUAGUGGUUGAACAUCAUAUAGUUGUCUUUCUUGUAGUAUUUUGUGCUAAGUAGCAGGAAAAUCAGGGUUGGAAGUGAAAAAUUCCGUUUUAGUUGUCUUCUUUCUGCUAGCAUUGUUAAGUGUUUGACCGUGUGCUUUUGUACACUGGCAGAGAAGAUGAGUAAGUGUAAGAAAGAGUUGAGUGAGAGAGAGAGAGAGUUGAGUGAGAGAGAGAGAGAACGGCUGCUCAUCCGCAGGGCCAGCGGAGCCAACGCCUCUCAGCUGGCUCAUAUGGAAAAGAUGCUACAAGAAACCAAAGGCCUGCUGGAGAAGAAGACAGAGACGGAUUCAGAAAGCAAAGCCUGUGGGGACACUAUGGUGUCUGAUCUGGAGCAGAAGGUCCAGCGCAGCAAGCGAGACCGUCGUAACUCUCUCCACCGCACACAGCUGCUGGAGAGUCAGAUGAAGACGGUUCGCGGCGAGCUGGUUGGCACGCUUGACCACCUGCAGGAGCUGCGCAACAUACUGCGACGCUCGCAGCAGAACGCAGAAGAGCGGGACGCAGCCAUGCAAAAACUAGCUGCAGGGCUGAGGUGAGACACCACAUGUCUGCCUGCAGUUCCUGGGUUACCACAUCCAUUCAUCUCAUCUUAAAGACUUUAAAGCACUGUUCCUCUGAAAUAUCUGUUUGACUGCACAUCCAGAAUGAUGCUAUUUUCACAUUGGCUCAUACAUUCCUAUGCAACCAGAUGCUGUUGUAAAAUCUAUGUUAAAUGAUUGAAGCAUGCCACAGUUAUUUAAAGGGCGUGGUUUUAUUCUCUUAAGAUAGAAGUAGUUCUGUUUUGGCUGAUGAGAACUCUGUUUGGUAGCAUCCGGGUUUUAUAUCCUGUUGUCAGUGAAAUGCAGCAUUAAAGCAUAAUUUCAAUCAUAUAAACAAAUGUCUGUAUAAGUAUAUAGACAUCCAUUGAAUGCCUUGUUAACUUGUGUGACGGCUUCAGCCAAGUGUUUUUUUGUUUUUUUUUCUUCACAGGAUUCGUUUUGUAAGACCACAGAUUGUGUAUAAUGUCUUGUAGCUUUGAGUUGUUUCAUAUGUGAUACCUGCAAGAUCCAACAUUCCUUAAUAUGAAUGCUUUAGUCCUGUAUACUCAGAGACUCAACUGCUUUUAUCGUUUAAUUUAAUAUAUUGUUUAUUCCUUUUACAUGAUCUGCAAUAUUACAUGCUGUUUCAACAUUAAUAUUAAUCCCCAAUUCACCAAGUAAUGCUGAUGUAGAAUGUUUGUGUCUGGAUACUCAUUAAAAUAUCCAUAUGUC